AUGUUUCCAACAUUUAAAGAUGCUUGCUAUUCUCUUGGACUUUUGGAUGAUGACAAUGAAUACAUUGAUGCAAUUAAGGAGGCAAGUUCUUGGCAGUCAGCUUCUUAUCUUAGACGUCUUUUUGCUCUGUUGUUGUUUGGUAACUUAAUGAAUAGACCUGAAAAUAUUUGGGGGAAGUGUUGGCAAUUUCUCUCUGACGAUGUUCUUUAUCGACAUAGAACAAUAGUAGGACAUCCAGGAAAAACAUUUAUUUGGAAUACAUUGUCAGCAUCCAUUAGAUCAAAAGGCGAAAUUGUACUUAAUGUUGCUUCUAGCGGGAUUGCAUCACUUUUGCUUCUUGGAGGACGGACAACACACUCUAGAUUUCGUAUUCCAAUUCAGAUCACUGAGGAUUCAACCUGUAAUAUACGGCAGGAUUCUAAUAUUGCUGAAUUGCUGGCGAAAACAAAGUUAAUCAUCUGGGAUGAAGCGCCAAUGGUACACAGAUUUUGCUUUGAGGCUCUAGACAAAACACUUAGAGAUGUUCUUAGAUUUUCUGAUUCAAGUUGUGUUGAUAAACCAUUUGGUGGGAAAGUUGUUGUUCUUGGGGGUGACUUCAGGCAAAUCUUACCUGUUGUUCCUCAUGGAAGCAGACAAGAUAUAGUCCAUGCAACUAUUAAUUCUUCUUGCCUUUGGUCUCAUUGUCAUUUAUUAACUUUGACCAAGAACGUGCGGCUUAGUUCUGGAAGUGACAUUCACAAUUUAAUGGAAAUAAAGGAAUUUUCUAAUUGGCUUCUUAAAGUCGGGGAUGGUGUUCUUGGAGAUGAUGUGGAUGGAGAAUCUAUUAUAACAAUUCCAUAUGAAUUAUUGAUUAAAAAAUCACUGAAUCCACUUUCAGAUUUGAUGGAUUUUGUGUACCCUAAUAUCUUGGAUCAUAUUUUACAACCCACAUUCUUUAAAGAACGUGUCAUUCUGACUCCAAAAUUGGCAGAUGUUUCUAUUUUAAAUGAGAACUUAAUGUCUUUGAUUCCAGGUGACGAAAGAAUAUAUUUAAGUUCAGAUAAUAUUUUGAAGCAAGACGGUAAUUCUUCCCUUGAGGAUGAUGAAUUCUCACCUGAGAUCUUAAAUACCUUCUCCUGUUCUGGGCUUCCGGAUCAUAAAUUAAUUUUGAAGGUCAAAGUUCCAGUCAUGCUAUUAAGAAAUAUUGACCAAUCAAGAGGUUUAUGCAAUGGAACAAGAUUGCUUAUUACAAGAUUAAGCAAUCAUGUGGUUGAGGCAACUGUUCUUACAGAAAGCAAUAUAGGAGAAAAUGUGUUAAUCCCUAGAAUGACAAUGAGCUCCUCAAGUCAUUCUUUUCCUGUAAAUUUCCAAAGAAGACAAUUUCCCCUCGUCGUUUUGUUUGCCAUGACAAUCAAUAAGAGUCAAGGACAAUCGCUUUCUCAUGUUGGAAUUUAUCUACCCAGGCCAGUCUUUAGUCAUGGGCAAUUAUAUGUGGCACUAUCCCGAGUAAAGAGCAAAAAGGGAUUGAAGAUUUUGAUAGUUGAUGAUGAUGGUUGUGUAACAAACAAUACCUUUAACAUAGUCUACAAAGAAGUAUUUCAGAGAUUACUGUAA